AUGUUACUCGAAUCACAACAAAUAUCUUCAGAAAAUGACAAAUUGGAUGACGAUAACAUUAAGAUUCAAAAUGAAAUUAAAAAGAAAGAUGGAAUAGAUGAACAACAACAAAUUAUUAUUAGUAAAUCUCUCCGUGAACGUCUCCAAGCAAUACAAGAAACUUUAACUUUACUUCAACAACAGGGGGAUUUUUUGGUUGGAUUAAUUGACAGAAUUAAAGGAAUUUUCAAUUUUACUGUUCCCUUUCUUUCCUUCCUUGCAAUAUUUUCACUUUUUUCAAUAACUAUUUUAUUGUAUUAUAUUCCUAUAAGAUUGAUAAUUAUUAUUUGGGGUAAGUUUAAAUAA